AUGGAGGGGAGGAGGCGGCGUCGUCGCUCGUCGUGCCACGGAAGCCAGCGGCGGCGGUGUGCGGUGAAGAUGGCGCUGGGGCGCAAGGUUCGCGAGCUGCGGCGGCUGGUGCCCGGCGCCGCGGCGAUGCCUGCCGAGCGCCUGCUCCUCCGUACCGCCGCCUACAUCUUGCGCCUCCGGGCGAGGGUCGAGCUCCUCAGGGCGCUCUCGGAGCUCAUCGCCGUGACCAACCAUGGCGGGAUUAUCGGCGGUGGCGGCCAUCACGACGGUGAGGACGACGCCACUAGCAAUAAUCUCUAG